UCGCAGUAUUAUACCAUUUUUAUACACAGAACAUCAUGUUUGAAGAUAGACUAGCCCCAGAAGGUGAUACGGAAAGGAAAUUUGAAAAUAAUGAUGACCGAGUGAAAGGCGCUAGAUCUACAGGAAAGUCUGAUAAACAGGCCUCAGAAAUAGACCUCGAAUGGGUCAUUGACAAUGAAGUGGGACAAUUUGGACGGUUUCAAUUUAUUCAUGUGCUACUAUUAGUGUUCCCUGUUGUUGCUCAAGCAUUUUUGAGUGAAUACGUGUUUUCUGCUUCCGGUGUUUCGCAUAGAUGUCGGAUCCCUGAAUGCGAAGAGACUGGUGGGACAGGUUACGAAUUGUUCCCAGAGUGGAUUACAAACGCUGUGCCCAGCAGUAGCGGACAACCAGAUAGUUGUUCACGCUACGCUGCGGUUGGCAAUGGUUCACUGGAAUACUGCCCGGCUACUGUCUUCGAUCAGGGUCUCACACAGGAGUGCGAUGGAUUUGUAUACGAGAGGACCAAUUCAGUUGUCUAUGAGUUUGAUCUUGGAUGCCAAGAGUGGAUGCGAGCACUGGCUGGUACACUGAGCAGUGUUGGCUUUCUUCUUAAUCUCCCAAUCACGGGCUACAUCUCCGACAAGUAUGGGAGACGAGUAGCCCUCUGCAUCAAUGUUUUCAAUUUGGCACUGUUUGGCUUGAUCAGAGCAUUUUCUGUAAACUAUCCCAUGUAUUUGGUGCUACAGAUUUUGCAGUCAACUCUUGGAGCCGGAACAUCCAGCGCUGCUUUUAUUUUAGCGACAGAACAGUUGAUUGGUCCAAAAUAUCGAGUACUGGCGAGUUCUAUAAGCUUAGUCUCAUUCUCAGUGGGAAAUGUCCUCAUGGCUGGAAUAGGCUGGCUCGUGCAGUCAUGGCGCUCUUUCAUGAUGACAAUUUACAUUCCCUGCUUUUUAAUGGUAGUUUAUUACUGGUGCAUCACGGAAAGUGUGAGGUGGCUGCUUACUAAAGAAAAGUUCGACGAGGCCAAAAAAGUUCUGGAGAAAGCUGCAAACAUGAACAAAAGAGUGAUCAGUGAGAAAUCUAUCCAGGCGCUGAUGCAACCAACGGAAGUAAAAAAGACUCAGUUUCAGAUGGACUCCAAAGGCUUGAUUCAAACUAUUAUCAAAUCCCCAAUACUGUUGUGUCGCGUCUGCACGACACCAGUCUGGUGGAUCGCGACCACAUUCGUUUUCUACGGGUUGUCCAUCAACUCCACUGGGCUCCCGGGCAACAUGUAUGCCAACUACAUGCUAGUGAGUGCCGUGGAGAUCCCUGCCAAUUUCACGGCUGUCCUGUUUCUGGAUCGUGUUGGCAGGAAAACUGUUCUUGCGUCUGGGUUCUUUCUUAGUGCUGCUUGCAACUUUACGUUUGCUUUCAUUGACAAUAAUGAACUAGUGACGCUGGGUUUAAUACUGUUUCUCUUGGGCAAAUUUGGAAUCUCGGCAGUGUUUACUUGCCUAUACAUUUACACAUCUGAGCUGUACCCAACACAGUUCCGUCACACGCUCUUGGGAUUCUCUUCUAUGAUUGGACGUAUUGGCUCCAUCACUGCUCCGCUAACUCCUGCAUUGGCGGUAUACUGGGAUGGAGUUCCAGGGGUGAUGUUCGGUGCCAUGGGUCUAAUAGCUGGUUUGCUGGUGUUCACACAACCGGAGACUCUCGGCUGCCAGAUGCCGGACACCCUGGCUGAGGCUGAGGAUAUUGGAAGACAGAAGAAGAUCGUUACAACAGCUCUAUAGUAUAUUACUUCUAUGCAAUUAGUAUGGCAACGUGGGUACUUAACACCUUGCAGGACACUACUCUAGACACGAGAGAAAGAACAAUGGGAUGACGACUACAGGCCCCGUAGCCGAAUGGCAUUUCUCCGACGCCAAACGAAAGCGAUACGCCGCUGGCUCUGUCGCGCCAAUACGCAAGCGCGAUAGAGAUAGAUAUCUACUAGCGCUUCGUUUCGUGAGCGUUUCGUGAGCGAUUGUGCCAUUCGGCUAGCCACCCUGGUGUUAAGUGUCCACCAAAAUGUUUGAUUGGAGCACCGAUCGUAUCCACCUUACGCUUUGAGCCGUUUACUAGCCUGUUUGUAAACAUGUAUGUACGAUUUUUUAAAGGAUAAAAUUCAUUGUGGACAUGAAAUGGGAUAUAUUAUUAAGAUACACUCCAAAUUUUAGGACUUUUCUGAAAGUUUUAGGAUUCCUGUAUUUCUAAUGUGAUUCAUAAGUUUAUUUUAGCUUUUGAGUUUUGCUACCAUUCUACGGUAAGUAAGAGUUUUUUACACAUAAUACAAAUGCAAAAUACUUGUAGAUCGUCAGUCUUUGAGAUGAUAUUUUAAUUAGCUAGUUCCCUGCUAAUUUUACAUAAAAUAUGUCUGCGUCUCAAUCCGCCUCGAUUUUGCUCUUUAUUCUCUUAAUUUUAGAGUAUAUAUUCAAGGAUGAAAUAUAUAUUUAAUUGAAAAUGGAGAAAACCUCGGCCACGUUUCCGGGUUGACUUUGUAUAAUUUUGUUUUAGCAAGGCGACGAGACGUUUUCUUUGGAAACUCGAUGCUGGAGAAUGCAUGAGGAAUAUUUCGGGGAAAGUCGCUACGGCGAGCCAAAGUAUUUUGAUGUCAAUCCCAUAAUAGGUCUGGGGAGUAAUAAAUUGUGAUACCUAUUGCAGUCAACCUACCAAUUGUACACAAUUAGUCAACCACAAUUGAACCUAUGUCGCAUACGACAUACGACACAGCGACACGAAAUUCUUAACCCGUCACCACGUGGAUCAUUCUUAACCCUUCAACACAACGGAACGGAAUGAGAAGUAAAUAAAUAUUAUAUAAAUGACAUAAUAAAUUGUACUCGGGUCUUUGGAAUGUAAGGUUUAUCUCUUAUAGCUAUAUUAUUUGGGUAUUACGUUAGGUUAUCAGAUAAAAUUGUAAUUCCAAAGAUUAAAGUAUUUUCUUGAAAACCCACUCCAGACUGGCAACAAAGUUAAUUUACUCCAAAAACUGGCUCAGGCAACUAAUCAGCAUAAUUGAUGUUGAUUAAUCAGAUCGGUAAUGGGGAUAAUCCCUCGAGGAUUCCAGGUAAGGCUGAUUAGGCAGAUAAGUAGGUAUCUCUAUCUACUGUAGUAUGUACUCGUACAUAGGUAUUUAUGAUACUAGCUUUUUCCCGCGGCUUCGCCCGCGUACUUAAACGUUGAACUUUAGACCCCCAUUUCUCCCCCAUAAGAUGUGAAUUUUGAAAAAAUACUUUCUUAGGGCUCCUAUGUUUAUGAGGAACCUACGUGAAAAAUUUGGAGUUUCUAUUACCAGCGGUUUCGGCUGUGCCAUUAGAUAUGUCAGUCAGUCUGUCAGAUUCUUCUUUGUCAUAUAUGUUUUGAACACCACCGACAGGCCUGAGUCGACCGUUAUGUCAUUCAAAACUUCAAGAAAAUCAAAAUGACACCUUUGACAACGAUAAAUCUGUGAUAAAUCUUGUUUGCGUGAUUUGAAUCAUUAUAGGAUCCAUGAGAAAUUAGGAAAUAGUAGGUAUAUUACACUCUAAGUGCGUACGUGUAUAGGCGACAUACCUCUUAGUCAAAUCAGCUUAUUUUUAAGAACUGUCAAAACGAAUUUGAA